AGUGUCGUGGCAACAGCAGACAACUAUCCAUUUAUCUUCUGUCUUCGUUUCCUCGUCGACAGAGAAGGGUGCGCCGAAGUCUUAAAACAUGUUUUGUGAAUAGCUACUGAACCUUUUUUCCAACAAAUGAUGCAUUUUAUAAUUUAACAACAGUGUGAUAGCAAUUUUUAUUCGAUUUUUACUUAUAUCAUGAAUGUAUUUUUAUAAUUUCGUAGUGUAGAACGGACUAGUGAUAGGUAACAGUGUUAUUUUGAUUGUAAAGUGAGUGAACUUAAUCAAAAUGGCGCAUCAAAUGCCCCCGUCGGUGAACUGUUCCUUGGAUGAUAUCGACUUGACAGCCCUAAAGGAUCCAGCAGGGAUCUUCGAAUUAAUCGAAGUCGUUGGAAAUGGAACUUACGGACAAGUUUAUAAGGGCCGACACACGAAAACCGGCCAACUGGCCGCCAUAAAAGUAAUGGACGUCACAGAAGACGAAGAAGAAGAAAUAAAACUGGAGAUAAACGUACUGAAGAAGUAUUCCAAUCACCGAAACAUCGCCACUUAUUACGGGGCUUUUAUAAAAAAAUCACCCCCGGGUAAAGACGACCAAUUGUGGUUGGUUAUGGAAUACUGCGGGGCGGGGUCCGUAACGGAUCUUGUCAAGUCCACUAAAGGACAAUCGUUAAAAGAGGAGUGGAUAGCUUACAUUUGUCGGGAGAUACUCAGGGGAUUGUCCUAUUUGCAUACCAAUAAGGUCAUACACAGGGAUAUUAAGGGACAGAAUGUUUUGUUAACUGAUAAUGCCGAAGUUAAAUUAGUGGAUUUCGGCGUUUCCGCUCAACUCGAUCGUACGAUAGGCCGUCGCAACACCUUCAUCGGUACGCCAUAUUGGAUGGCGCCGGAAGUUAUAGCUUGCGACGAAAAUCCAGACGCCACUUACGACAAUCGUAGCGAUCUUUGGUCUCUCGGCAUCACCGCAUUGGAAAUGGCCGAAUCCCAACCGCCCUUAUGCGAGUUACACCCGAUGAGGGCGCUGUUUCUAAUACCCCGAAAUCCCCCGCCCCGAUUAAAGAGCAAAAAAUGGAACAAAAAGUUCCACAGUUUCAUCGAAACGGUUCUAGUGAAAGAUUACCACGAAAGGCCUUACACGGAGCAGUUGCUCAAACACGCGUUCAUCAGGGACCAACCGACCGAGCGACAGGUGCGAAUCCAAUUGAAAGAUCACAUCGACAGGUGCAAAAAGCGGAAACAGGAAAAAGAGAGAGAAGAUUACAGAUAUUCGGGCUCGGAAAACGAAGAAGAGGAACCGCAAACGGCCGGCGAACCGAGCAGCAUCAUACAAGCACCCGGCGGCGAUACUCUACGAAGGAAUUUCCAGCAGAUUCAGGAAGGGCGCACCCUCAGUCAAGUCGAACCGCCGCCGAGAAGCGGCAAAAAUAAAGAUAGAGAAGAAAUACCGGAACCCGGACCUCCGGCUAGACCGCCCAUACCUCAGAGGAUGAUCGUAGUUCCGGAUCCGGCGCCGCCUAGAAGACCGUUGCCGCCGCCGCCGGAUAAUAAUUUCGGAGCCGCCAAAUCGCAAAAUCAACAGCAGCAGAGGAAUUCGCAACAUCAGUUCAAACCAAUGGGUCCCGCACGUAAACCCGAGGAAUUAGACGCGCUCGCUGCGCACUUGAACGAAUUGGGCGUUCAACAACCCGAAGCGCCACCUCGCAACCGAAAUUACAAACAGUCCCAAUCGGCGUCUAACAACAACGUCGUCACAACGCCCGGUUCCGGCGCGAAUCACACGCCUACCAACCAAGCGGGCGGAAACAACGUUGACAGUUUGGUUGACAGCGAAACCGAUUCGGAACCGGAAGACAACAACGGGAGAGUCAGAAACGAUGGAACGUUGUUGGCCAGCGAUCCCCCCAAACCGCUAGCUGGUUUGGGAGCGGUUCCGGAGGGGGGCGCUAGUGUUUCGAGUCCGGGAGCUACGGCGGGUUCCGGGUCGAGUUCUUCUAGUGCCCCAAAUAGGCCUUUACCCCCAACGCCUGAUGACGAAGAGUCUCAAGGUGAUAGGACGCUUGUACUGCGGAAGCAGUCCGCAGCUAAUUUAGACGACGCUAAGAAAAAAGUCGAAGACAUCGACGAAGCCACCCUUCUGAAAGAUUGGGAUUUCGAUAAAUUUUUCCCCCUAAAAACAACCAACAACCCCAAUACCCAAUCGUCGUCGUCUUCUUCUUCCGCCGGUUCCGGAAAUAAGAAAGACGAAAAAACGAAUAAACAAGGACACAGAAGAAUGGAGAGCGAUUCGAAAAUAUCGAAUCCCUUCCUGAGGGGUUUCCGGAGGGAGAAUUCCGAUUUUUUCCCCAUGAGUUCCCGACAUUCCGCCAUUUACAUCGACAAAAGCGGCCGCUCGAGCGGCAUUUUCAAUAACCGGCGGGGCUCCGACGUCGGUACGCCGAAAAAGACGAGCGGCGAACCGGUUCUGAUGGAUUACGUCAAAAAAACCGAUUCGGCGCCGAAAAACAUUCUGACGAAUUUCGUUAGACCUAGAAGGGAAAAAACGGAAUCCGAUCUGGUUUUGAGGCAUUCGGAGGCUCGGAGGAGCAUCAGGGAGACUCUGGAGGCUCGCAGGAAGGAAGUUGAGGCUCAAUUCGCUAAAGAGGCCGAAAAUAUGCGGAGGCGUAGCUCGAAACCGAUCGAAAUGAACGCUCUCGACGUUUCGAAUAUUUCUAAUUCGUCUUCAACUUCGAAUUCGACUGUCGGAGAUGAAUUUUCUUUUAUUAAGAAUGGGAGAAGUAACGAUCAUCCUAGACAGAGUGCUCUACCCGAUCUACUUAAUCCUGCCAGCGGUAGUCCUGGGACUCCUUCUGCGAGGGAUAAAUCCACCAAUGAGGAGUUUUUAAUAACGCCCCCGUCUUGUAACAACAAAACACCCGUUCAACACAGCCACCUACACGCUAACGCUCUUGCCUUACAACAGAAACAACGCUCCUUCUUGGCCUUCGGUUUCGGAGCCAGUUCAGCGCCGUCGAGACGAGAAUCGCACGUCAACGUUAACGUAACGCCGACGUCGCACGAUAUAUCGUCAGAUACACCAGAAAUUAGGAAAUACAAAAAGAGAUUCAAUAGUGAAAUUUUGUGCGCAGCUCUAUGGGGGGUGAAUCUCCUCAUAGGCACCGAACACGGACUAAUGUUAUUAGAUAGAAGCGGACAGGGGAAAGUGUAUCAAUUAAUAUCCAGACGGAGAUUCCAACAGAUGGAGGUCCUCGAAGGACAAAACAUCCUCGUGACCAUAUCAGGGAAGAAGAAUAGGGUUAGAGUUUAUUAUUUGAGUUGGUUGAAGAGUAAAAUAUUACGAACUGACGGUGUUAGUGAUCAAGUGGAAAGGCGGAAUGGUUGGAUCAACGUGGGGGAUCUCCAAGGAGCCGUCCAUUUCAAAAUAGUCAAAUACGAACGUAUAAAGUUCCUCGUUAUCGCUUUGAAGGAUAGUAUCGAAAUUUACGCUUGGGCGCCGAAACCUUAUCACAAAUUCAUGGCUUUCAAGUCGUUCUGCGAUUUGCAGUACCGACCUUUACUCGUCGACCUUACCGUCGAAGAAGGUACUCGUUUAAAGGUCAUAUACGGCAGCAGUGAUGGUUUCCACGCCGUUGAUUUAGACUCCGCCAGCGUUUACGACAUUUACUUACCUAAAAUAGCCCAAAACGGAAUUAGUCCACACUGUAUAGUUACUCUACCUAACAGCAACGGUAUGCAGCUUUUACUGUGCUACGACAACGAGGGCGUAUACGUCAACACCUACGGUCGAAUAUCAAAAAACAUGCUACUCCAGUGGGGCGAGAUGCCGACUUCGGUCGCCUACAUAGGCACCGGCCAAAUAAUGGGCUGGGGUAACAAGGCCAUCGAAAUCCGCUCGGUGGAAUCCGGACAUUUAGACGGUGUAUUUAUGCAUAAAAAAUCGCAGCGGUUAAAAUUUUUGUGCGAAAGAAACGAUAAGGUGUUUUUUUCUAGUGCGAAGAGCGGUUCCUCGUGUCAAAUUUAUUUUAUGACCCUCAACAAACCCGGAAUGGCCAAUUGGUAACGCGCCAUCGGGGCAAUCCGGCAACGUCGACGCAAUUGGGAGGAGGAAAUUGUGUCGCGGCGUUCGUCGGGUCACUCGGUAUGCGAGCGAUCGCUGGAAAAGUGAUUUUUUUUUUCUUUUCUUUUUCGGAAAAAUUGGUGUGAUUGUGAAACGUGGGAAAUUUUUUUUAUAUAUAUACACUUUUAAACGGUGCGUGUUUUUCACUUUUUUUCGGGUUGAAUUCGAAAUUUGGCGCGAAUUUGUUUCUAUUUUGGUCAAUUUUUUUCGGUACGGUCCUAGCAACUUACUCUUUUCCGUAGGUUAUAGGUUCAUGACUAUUUUUUCCUUUUUAUGAAUUUUUUCCAUUCCGUCCCUGUCGUUUUUAUAGGACCCCCUUUUUCCUUAUCGUGACGUCAUAUUUUCGUUAGAAAAAUUAUCGAAAUGAAAAUUUUUCUCCACGAAUUUCGUUUUUUAAACAACUACGAUUUUUUUUUACAAUUUUUGAGUACGUUCUUUUUUUUAUUUUCUCAAAUUUUCUCCAAAAUCUAUGAAAAAUCAUUCUAUUUCACGUGGAUUUUUUUCUUUUUUUUUUUUUCAUUUCUAUUACUACCUCUCUUUUCUCAAAAAUUUUAUCACUCGAAUUUUUUUCAUUACGUCCCUGUCGUUUUUAUAGGACCCCCUUUUUCCUUAUCGUGACGUCAUAUUUUCGUUUAGAAAAAUUAUCGAAAUGAAAAUUUUUCUCCACGAAUUUCGUUUUUUAAACAACUACGAUUUUUUUCACAAUUUUUGAGUACGUUCUUUUUAUUUUCUCAAAUUUUCUCCAAAAUCUAUGAAAAAUCAUUUUUUUUCACGUGGAUUUUUUUCUCUUUUUUUUUUCAUUUCUAUUACUACCUCUCUUUUCUCAAAAAUUUUAUUAUUCGAAUUUUUUCCAUUCCGUCCCUGUCGUUUUUAUAGGACCCCUUUUCCUUAUCGUGACGUCAUAUUUUCGUUAGAAAAAUUAUCGAAAUGAAAAUUUUUCUCCACGAAUUUCGUUUUUUAAACAACUACGAUUUUUUUUACAAUUUUUGAGUACGUUCUUUUUUGAUUUUCUCAAAUUUUCGCCAAAAUCUAUGAAAAACAAUUUUUUCACGCAGAAUUUUUUUCAUUUUUUUUAAUUUCUAUUAUUACCUUUUUUGUCAAACUUUUUAUCACUCGAAUUUUUUUCAUUACGUCCCUGUCGUUCCAGAUCCUCUUUCCCCUAGUGUAACGUCACAUAUUUUUAUCAAUUAUCAAUUAAAAAAAGUUCAGGAAUUUCUGCGUUCCAUCCUAUUCGUCCAUUUUUCUCAAAUUAUUGCCAAAAUCUAUAAGAAAAAUAUUUUUUUACGUCAGCGUCAUUUUUUCGUGAUUUUUACCCCCCAUUUUCAUUAAUAUUUCUUUUUCUUUUAUUUUUCCAUAUUUCUUACAAUUCCCAACAUUUAUGAAAAACAAUUUCGGUACUUAAUUAUUUCAAAUUCACAAUAAUCACCUACCCAUUUUCCAACGUUGCCACUGGUGCUAUUUUUUCUUCGAAACCGGGAUAAUUUUGAAAUUCUACGGAAAAAAAGUGAAAAUCGCGACCGCAGCUUGGAUACGUUGGGUGCCAACAAGUUUUGAAAAAAAAAUGCUCACCGAGGUGUAGAUAAGUCAAAAUAAAAUUAGCAUAAUUAAUUGUUAGUUAACUUUUGUAAGUAGUUGUUUUUUAAAAAUACGAAAUGAACCGUUGCCACGUUUAAAAAAAAACAGCAGAUAUACAUAAUUUUUUAAUGAUCGAUUUAUUGAUGAAAAUUUUGUUUCUGUCGAUUUCUUCUUCGUUUUUUAUCACGAUUUUCGAGUUUUUGUCAGUAUUUAUUUUUUUUUUUCAUGUUUGUUUUGUAUUUUUAAAACGGCUACUAUUUUGUAAAUAAAUAUAUAUAUAAAUCUACGUAAAAUUUAAAAAAAUAAACCUUUUAAUAACAAUUUUUAUUGCAAUAUAGUGUUGUAGCACUGUACCCUGGUGAAAUUAGACAAAAUUAGGGUAAUUUGAGGUAACCAUUUUUAUACUAGUCCCAAAAACGAAAAUUGUGUUUUGUAAUAAUAAAAAAAAGUGCAAAAAUUUUUUCAAAAAAAAAAUUAUCGUUGGAUUUUGGAAGUUAAUGUUGAUAUACUUUCAACCCCCCCACAAUUUUUUUUCCAUUUCUAUCAAAAUAUUUAAACAUAAUAUCGUAUCACCCCGUAUAUUCAAAAUUUAUGUUCAAAUGUGGCAAAAUUCCGUUGAGCGCAUUGUAUAUUCGAUUCGAUUUUUUUUUUCAUGUAUAUGUUGAUUAAAAUAAUUAAAUUAAUUUUUUUUUCUAAAAAAUUAUUUCGAAAGUAUUCGUCAAAAAAAUAAUGAUCAAAUUUUGAAAAAAUUGCGAUUAUAAUUUGGAAAUUUUCGAUAUUAUUUGAAAUAUAUUGCAUCACCCUAUAUAUUCAAUUUUCAGCGUUUUAUUUAAUCACCUUGUAUAAUUAAGUUAUUUAAUUGAUUACUGUUUUAAUUAAGAAAAUCAUACAAGGUAGGUCAAAACUAAUGGAUAAUAUAGAAAAAUGCAAAAAUUUUGAAAAUAUUCGUGACUGAAUUUCACUUUUUAGCAAUAAAAUUUAAUGAGAAAUUGAAAAUAACGAUUUUCAAAUUCCUGUUUGCGAAUUUUUGAACUUUUUUAUUUAUUUUUUGUUACUUUUUAUCAAAUAGUCCGAAAGUUCUAUUGAAUCACCCUGUAAGCUCAAUUUUUGACCUAAACUAUACACAAACUACGAAUUCUCAUUUAUCUACCUUGUAUAUAUAUUUUUAUUUUUUUUCAAAAAAGUGAUGAAAUUCCACCAAAACAAGUUUCACAAAAUUGAAUUUCUAAUAUCACUCUGUAUAAUAAUUUUUCUUUUUAUUCAUACGACAUUUUAUUUUGAUAAAAUUUAAUAUUUGGUGGAAUUUGAUUAUUUAAAAAAUAUUCAACUGGAAAUUAACUUUUUUAUUUUGAAUUAA